AUUUUUCACCUGAUUGUUGUGUGUGUUUAAUCUGAUUAUCUUAUUUGAGUUAAAUCUGUGGUGGUGUUUUUUUCCAUUGUAGUAUGGGAUGUAUGCUUUCUUUAAAUAAGGGAAGUGUUGAAAUUGCUCAUUUAUUUACUUGGAUUCUGCCAUAAUUAAGACUCUGAUUUCGUUCUAUUUGGAUGAAUGCAAUUCGAAAUUCAGCUCUAUUUUCCAAUACAGUGAUCAUUCCUGUUUUCUCUAUUUGGAUAAGCCAUGAUUACUUUCUCUUCCUGAUUUAGCAGCCAUAAUAUAGUCUUUUGUACAUUAUUCAUUAAUGGAUUCAGGUGCUUAAUAAAGGGAUAUUCAUUACUUGAGUAUGAGGCCCUGAUAUUAGUUGUAUGACCUUCCAAAUGUUUCACCUCCGGCUUUUUUAAAAGAUCUUUACUUUGGUUUGGAUUAUUCUGUGCCUCACAUGUUAUGUUGGCAUUAGGCUUUGAUUAAUUGCUUGGUAAUCUUGUAACUUCUUCUUUUGUGUAAGCCGUUGAAACUUUUUUGCAUUUUUGCUUCUAAUUCUGAUACCAAUUCAGCAUCCCUACUUACUGUUCUGUUUUAUACUGUGCAUUUGCCGACCUUAUUCUCAACGUUUGCUCUUCGAUUGAAUGAACAGUUAGUUGAGAAAGAUCCAGAAGCCGCAAUUGUUUUCUUUUGGAAGGCGAUUAAUGUCGGAGACAGAGUAGACAGUGCCUUGAAAGAUAUGGCUGUGGUCAUGAAACAGCUGGAUAGAGCUGAACAAGCUAUUGAAGCUAUACAGUCCUUCAGGGACAAAUGCUCCAAACAAGCCCAAGAAUCAUUAGAUAAUGUCCUUAUAGACCUAUACAAGAAAUGUGGAAAGCUAGAUGAACAGAUUGAACUGCUUAAACAGAAGUUGCGGAUGAUUAACCAAGGAGAGGCAUUCAACGGAAAACCUACCAAGACAGCUCGCUCACAUGGAAGAAAGUUCCAGGUUACUGUCAGGCAGGAAACCUCCAGGAUACUGGGGAAUUUAGGUUGGGCCUAUAUGCAGAAAACGAACUUUGCUGCCGCUGAGGUUGUAUAUCGCAAAGCUCAGGAGAUGGACCCCGAUGCCAAUAAAGCAUGCAACUUAGGCCUGUGCCUAAUGAGGCAAGCCCGAUUCGCCGAAGCAAGACAUGUUCUUGAAGAUGUCAUUGAGGGAAAGAUUCCUGGUUCUGAUGAAACGAAAUCGAGGGAUCGAGCAGAGGAACUGCUGGAGGAGUUGGAGCUUUGUAAAUCAAAAUUUUCGCCUAUUUCUGGGUUUAAUAAUAUAGAAGAUGCUUUCUCGAAAGGUCUUGAUCAGUUGAUGAGCCAGUGGGCACCAUUGAGACCAAGAAGACUACCUAUAUUUGAAGAAAUUUCACCUGUCAGAGAUCAAUUAGCUUGUUGAUCGUGAAAUAUAUAUACAUGUUUUUGAGUGAAAAAAUAGUGAACCCUUUUCAAGCGUUUUUGAAAAGAAUUUUCUUCAAUUAGUUGAUCGUGAAAUAUACAUAUAUAUACAUGUUUUGAGUGAAAAGUAAUGAAGAUUUGAAGUUUUGAAUCUCAAAUUUCAUCAGGAUUGUAAUUCAUCAGUUGCCUGUGUUGUAGUAUCAAUCAAUCAUUGGGAUGCAUCAAUAUUUCUUUUGUAGUUUGUACAUAAAUACAUAAUACCUCCAUUUUCUGAAAUGGGCAGUUGGAAUGAAAUUCUUUCUCGCUCUCACUAAUCAGUACAUUUUGUAGCGAGUAUUUUCCACUAUUUUCUUUCCAUAAAACCCAAUUUUCACAGAAGAAGCUGUUCUUUCUUAAUGGCUAAUGUGAUUGGUGAAUGAAUUUCUACAAGACCACCGCUCCACGGUUCCAUCUCUCAUGGCGCAAUCAUCUCCAUUAAUUGGAAUUUUAAGCCUAUAUACACAUAGUCACACACUGUACUUAUUUUCGGGCCGAAAGCCCUAUUCCCUUAAAUUGUCAGCAGAGUUAGUUACGUGUUCACGAGGAUUCCCGAGGUCGCCGGAAAUGGAAGGAAUCAUAAUAACAACAAGGUCAUGGCUGCUGUUUUGCGGAGCUUGGUAUAAGACGAUGAACAAGGAUGGAGUAAUCAUCGGAACCAUGAGAACCCUAGAAUUUAAAUCGGAAUCUGAAGAAACUACCGCGGAUCAGUGGGUUAUGGAGGAGUAUGGACUCGCCGGCGAUUCGCUCUCCCCUGCCUUUAUUUAAUGUCCAUUCAUUUUUUGAUUAACUAUUCAUUCAAUGAAGUAAUCUGUUAC